AUGGGCACCUUCUGCGAAUCAUGGGAUAGCAACUGGAUGGAUGGGUCUUGCGGUGGCUUUCAAAACAACGCGGACGACAGUGAUGGUGGUGCCGAUGCCUUCGAGGCCGCUCUACAGCCUUUGCCGGCAUGGGAUGGCCUGGCAUACUCCACUAACAGGGGGAACGCAGAAAAUGACAUCGUCUGGGGAACGAGGCAGAGCGAUAGGGAUAGGAGUGCGGCCAGUCCCUCGCCAGAACACCAUCCAGGGAUGCUGGAUGACCUCGACCUGGGUGCCGUCAACGUAGGACCCGACGAGGCCGGGGAUUGCACAGACAAUGUCUCGUCGACGCUACGGACGACCAAGCUAGCGGGUGAUCCCGACGGGAUGCACCCGCCAAUAGGGCAAGCGUGGUCGGAAACGCGAUCGACGUCACCUGAACCAAAGCCCAAAGGCCACGACUUGGAGACAGGAGACAACCUUACUCAUGUCAUCAGAUUGCACAGGACUGGCAGCGUGGUUGUCGAACGAAAAGGGAAGCCGAACGCGCGAGGGGGCAUCAUUGGUGACGCGGGAGCGUUUGGGCCUAGACAGCACGCUGCAGAACAAUACUCCUACGCGGAAGAGGAGCGGUUUUGGCAAGCACGGUGUCCUCCUGAAGCCGACAACGCCGUUGUUGUACAACGAACAGCACCAACGGCGUCGCCUCGAGUCACCAAAGCGAAUGGGAGGGCUGCAAAUUAUGAUUAUUUCGCCGCCGAAGCUGCGCAUCUAGCGGGCAGUCCCGCAGGAAAGUCCGUGCCCCCCGGCGGCAAUUCGUCCUUGCGGGGAAGAGGACCAGGGCAACCGACAGGAAGGCGAACAACCACUCGUUUCGAGGAAAAAGCCGACGCUUGUGUCCAAGAAAAUUGCGCAACUCAAGGCACACACGUGCCACCGCCACGACGAACGGCCCGUAAAGGGUGUAGUGCGCGUGCCAAAGCAAUCACCGAGAGGAAACGGGACAAGGCACAGCGCCGGAGACUCCAAUCCCUGCGGGACGCAGAGAGCGUUCUGCGUGGGGUGCUAGAAUCGGUGGAGGAUGCACCGUCGACCGGGGAGGUUUGUAGGAAGACGGCAGCAGAAGAGGACUCUUAUUCUACCAUGGAUACACCGCAAGGAGAGCGCUUUUCGGUUCUCCGCCAGAACGUCGCCAACCUCUUCCGCGAUGAGGCCCAUGAAGAACGGGGAGAAUCCAGCACCGGUAAACACGGGGGCAGCAUGGGUGGCACCAGCCCCAGUAAAUACAGGGCCCAGACGUCCCGCCACUACGACGGCGACAAUUGGCCGUCACCGCUGGGCAUACGUAGGGUGGGAAAUCGUUCAGGCUCCCGGGAGAGAGGGGCAAUGGCUCGGGGCACGUCGCAGCAAGUGGAUCAGCACGAGCAGCGGCAAUGCAUUGAAGACGAGAGAGCAGAGGGACUGGCACACUCAGAGGAGGAGGAGGAGGAGGAGGACGGAGAUGACGAACAAGAGUCCGCCGGCCGGGUGGCCGAGCUCAGCAGGCGAAUAGCCAUGCGAUGUCUCCGCAUAGAGCAAGGGUGCUUGAGGAGAGAGCGUUCUCAGACCAGGCUUUUUCAGGAGCAGCUCCGGAGCGUGCGACUGGGUGCCCAACAAGUUGCUCGUCGAACAAUCCAUGACGAAAGGAUUCGACAAAAGCAGCUGCUUCUCGAGACUCAGCAAAGGUUCGAGGAAAAGGAGAGGGGACUUGUUGCGAAGCUCAAUCUGGCAGAGGAGAGUUGGAAAGUGGAGAGAGAAUCACUCAAUGCCAACACCGCGGCCGCCAAGUCUGAAGUGGAAAAAUGCCGCAGGCAGGCUCGGGCGGCUGCCGAGGCUGGGAUGAAUGCCUCUAGGGAAGCUCUGGAAAAGCAGAGACUAGAUCUUCAGCGGGGAUGGGCCGAGGAAAAGGGAGGGCUUCGAAGAGCCGCCGAAGACGCGCUUCGUCGUGCCAUGGAAGGAAAUGCUCGGGCUAGGGAAGAAGCUGCCAAAAAGGCCCAAGCCGCCCAGGACUCGCUCGACGCCCAGGUGCGGUCAUGGAAAGCCAAGACUGAAACGGCCGAGAGGCGUGCCGCCGAAGAACGGGAGAAGAGAAAAGGCCUUGAGGCAGGUGUUAAAGGGGCUCUUGCCCAGGAGGUGGAGAAGGCCCAGAAGGCCCAAGAGGCCGUGCUUCGAGACCUAAGGACCAAGGCGGAGACAGACCGGGCCACGCACGCGGAGGAGACAGAGCGUCUUCAGGAGGAACACAGGGCCGCCCUCCUGCGUGUUCAUCAGGACAAGAAAAGCCUCUUCGAAGCUGCCCGGCGAAAAUGGGAAAAGGAGAUGCAAGAGCUGCGUCGGGAGGCCGUUGCCAAGGCAGAAGACGCAGCAACCCGGGCAACGGCGGAGCGCUCGGAGGCGCUGAGACGGUUAAGAUUAGCACAUGACACCGAGAUGAGAAAGGCGGGCAGGGACAUAUUGAGACUGGAGCGAGAAGCCCGCCGCUGUCAGCAGCAGCAGGAACCCUCCGGUAUGGCGCCGCGUUCGAAGCAGGACAACUCGACCCUAUCGCCGUUGCCUCGAGGAAGCUACAGCCUCAGGCCUCUCGUGUCCGAGACGGCAGGUGCACGUUCAUGCCUCGAUGGCGUCGAGGCGGAAAUGGGGUCUCAAACGUCUCCUUCGUCAGUUCUUACCACUCCUAGUAUUAACGCGAAUCCCGGCAAAGGGUAGGAUGAGCCUAACAACAACGACGUAUUGGCGGGAGGAAGCCAUUGCAGGGUAGUUAGUCCCAGUGCGUCGGAAUAUAGAGGUUCGCAACUUGCCAUGCGUGUUUCUUGGAGGUUUCACCAACAACCAGGAUGGGGCAUCCGGAGCUGGAUCGCACCGCGGAAAAUCGGCGCAGAGUGACUGGCUCAAGAGGGGAAAGUCUACCAACCUGCACCCGAUCCUCCAUCUGAUCUUGUACUUCAAUUGGCAUAGCAAUGAGUAUGUAAAGUGGUGAUGGACAUGCUCGUGCGUUUUUAGCGAACCCACGGGGCGUCCGAUGUGCGUAUGCAUCGAAGCUGCUCUUCGUCAAGUUCCCGAGUUAGACUACGUAGUGGUAGAGCUAGCUUAAUGGCGACAAAUUGGUGCCAUUUUCAGGCCAUUCCCGGCACACUUUUCGCGUAGGGGAAAGGGUCGGCAUGGUCACGGGUUGUGCUGCUCGUUCUCUCAAUCUGUGCUCGCUGUAGCUCUACCCACCCUGCCCGAAGAAUCUGUACCGUUUGGAAUGCAAUUGCC